AUGCGUUUCGACCAGUAUAUCGCGGUGGCCACGGCCAGUCUUGCCAGUACCGCACUGGGGGCAAAGUGUACAGCUAACAAAGUCAUCGACAAUUUUGCUACAUUCGCGAACAAGACCAACACAUUGCAGUCAGUUAGUGGAGACGACAACUCCAUGACCUCAAUCAGCGCGAGCGGCUCCACCCUCACAUUCACUCCCAAGGCCGGAUCGUACUUCUACGAGAACUUUCCAUGCACCAAUGCCGCUGCAGACAGCUACAAUGCCCUGUCUUUCACCCUCUCUGGCCCCGCACAGGCUUCGUUCCUCAUCGAGUUGCAGUCGCGUGCAAACUGCGAGGCCACCAGCUACAAAAGUGCUUAUCACAAUGUCACAGUCCCUGCUACUGCUGGUGCUGUUACGAUUCCGCUGAACGAAUUUGCCAACGCGAGUCUCACCGCUAUUACCUCGUUCACUUGGUCUACAUUUACCAAGACUGGCUCACCCUACUCCAUCAGUAACAUUCAGCUCGUCUGCGCCAAGUAA